AGUCUGAUUAAAUUUGAGCUUUGGCAAACAACGAUGUUUUUUCAACAUCUUUGACCUUACACAGCUUGCUACCGGUAGAUUAGUCAUAGGCAGAUUUAAUUUAAUCGUUAAUCGACUGGCAGCAGCUAUCGAUAAAUGAUUUCUUGAGUGUGCACGAAGUGAUACAAAAGAGAAACGCAGAGAAGCAGCGAAAGCAAAGCGAAAACUUCAACAGCGAGCACGACGCGACCCGAACGCCAAAAUAUACGAAAAGCUGGCAAGAGAGCAAAAGCAACAAUCGUUCGUUUCGCCGUUCUCGCAGUGCUCAGCAAGCAUUUCAACAGCAUAGUCGCCUAACGGUUUCUGCCCAACCCUCCCCCCAGCACCGGAAAGCUGAUGAGCAGAAUGAGUGGCAAUGGUGGUUUGAUGCCAUUUCGGUUCACCGACGAGCGUCACAUGAAAUUCGUGGAGCUCUACCGGCGAGAGCCUUGUCUAUGGAAUCGUCGGCCAUAUUUGAAUGGCGCUCGCAAUGCGGCCUACAGACGAAUCCAGUUGGGCAUCAAUGCGGAGGCGGAUAUCACUGAGAAUCACCUCACUUUGGAGGGGGUCAAAAUGAAGAUCAAGAAUAUGCGCACUGGCUACCAUCAGGAGCUGAAGAAGAUCAGAGCGAAUCCGGAAUAUAAGCCAAAAAUUCCUUGGUUUGCGCCGUUGCACAGCUUUGUGGCACAGUUCGUCGACAAGAAAUCGGAAAACGGUUUUGUUGAUCCUGCAACAAUGCCGCUGAAGCGAUUCCAGAUCAAAUUAUCACGCUUCAAGCAGGUCAAGCCGCUGCCGCUGAUGGAGCCCGAGGAGCAGCCCGUAAUCAAAAUGGAACUGGAGCCAGAUCAACAGGUGAUCAUACCGGCAACGACGGUACCCUUAAUGCCCACCCUGACACCGCCGCCCCCCUUGCGGCUAAUUACGCCGCCAGUGCAGCCAGCUGCCCAGUCACCAGUUCCAGUUCCACAAAUGGUCGAGGUUGCGGCACUACCGAUGAAAAAGCCGAAACCGUUGCUGGCGCUGGGCGAAGAUGAGUUCACAUUUUUCGGACUGAGUGUUGGCGCCCAAUUGCGCAGCAUGCCCCUCUCGAAUGCGAUGAUCAUGCAGUCCAAGAUUCAGUACAUGCUAUCGACGGAACGUCGCCGGAUCGGCGGUGACACGACAGACGUCAGCCUAUUUCUCUAAUUGAGAAAUAAACGUGGCCUAGUUUUAAGAAGCGCUGCAUUUGAUCCAUUUCUAUUUACAGUUAAGGUACCCCAAUGGUACCGCCGGAAAAGUCAGCUCAGCAAAAAUGGAAUAUAAAUAUGUGAUUUAAAUUUAUGUUAAGCAACAAAUGCGAAAGACAUUUUAAACAAAACAAACAGCUCAAAAAUAAUAUUUAGAUACAUGUAUGUUUUUUAUGCAUUCAAGUGCUUUAAUCGUGUCACGCAAGCGACACGACACACGACCAUCUUUGGAAGAAAUAUGAGAGUUUUAUUUUGCAACGAUUUCCACUGACGACAGCAGCAUAAGCAACACACAUCGCCACCUGAGCAAAGCAAGCAAAGCAAAUGGCAAAGCACAAAGUUGCUAGUACUGCAUCAAAAAGCAGAAGCAAAAGCAAACCGAAACUGAAACAGAAACAGCGAUGAAAGAAAGCAAACCGAACUGUACCAUACAAAAUGUCGCUUUGCUGGCGAGCGCUUGGCAGCAAAGAGUGCGGCGAACAAACAAGCAAGAAGAGCUGAAAAGCCGAAGAGAGAGACAGAGAGGAUUGCAUGAAAUGUGGAUGCGUGUCAUUGUGUGGGUGAGCAGUGAGUGUUGUUCGCUGUAGUUUCGCUCUAUGUAUUUUCGCACUAUGGCAUACAAUUUGGUACCAAAUUGUGGCUGUGUGUUGUUGGUACAUGUGUGGUACAUUUGAGAAUGCGCGGCCAGCAUGACUCACAAAUACCCUACACGCACGCACACAUUCAUAUGUGUAUGUGCGUAUGUAUGUAUGUUUAUUUCUGUGUAUGUAUGUCUGCAUGUGCAGAAAUCGUUGAAUUCUGAGAGAACAAGAAAACGUCGAAAACCGGACGAAAACAACGACGAAGACAACGCACUGAACUGCUGACUGCGAUUGUUGUUGUUAUUGUUCUUGUUUGUUGUUGUUGCUGUUGCUCGUUCGUGUUGUUGUUUUAUGAGCACCCGGCACAUGCUUAUCGUUUGUCACUGAAUAUUACUGUUAAGUUCAACAACUCGCUUUGAGCAUUAGCUACCAAAGCUAAUAUAACUAAGUGAUCCCUUUCGAUGUCCACUCACAGUUCUUUGUAAUUGUCCCAUUAAAAUAAAUAACAUUUCGAAGUGAUAAGAUAAUGUCCAAAGUACAGCAUAAGAUUGAUGCAUACAUAUGCAUAUAUAUAUAUGUGUGUGUGUGUGUGUUGGCUGUGGUUCCAAAGAUGAUUCUGAUUUGCAAAAUAAAUAUUUGUAUUUCGAGUUUAGGUUUUCACAAUCUAUACAAUAUAAUUUUUAUUUAUGAUAGGUUCUCGAUUCAAAAAUGUUGAAAAACUGAAAAUAAUAAAGCUGCAUUUUAAUUUGAAUAUAUAGUUUAAUUUUGUGAAUGA